AGUUAUUAUCGAUUGCCGUCAUCAUGAUGCCACUAUUCGUGCAAUAUGUUACUUAGGCGUGGCCGUUUAGGCCACAACUUGCGUAUUGUAUUUCACAGACCAGUGUUUCUUGGACGUCGUAAUGUGCUAACUCUUGAUAGGCCAAUUCCCGAUGACAUUGAGGAAACUAGGGAAACUUCUGUUCAGGCUUCUAAACUGCCUGGAUCAGGGUCACUGGUAGUUAAUUUCGAUAUCGCAAAGCAGUUGAGUUUAUGCUCGAGGGUAGAUGAUGUAUGUACAUUGUUUCUAGAAUCCAGGUUACGUUGGAAUCCGAAGCAGUUGCUGCUGUUUCUGUCGCGUAUUGUAGCUUUAACAUGUAGAGCGAACUCUAGACAUGAUGCAGUAUCUCAAGACCUAUGGCCUUGUACUGAUUUUUGCCAAUGCAGUCUCUAUGGUUGGGGUGGAAGCUCGCAUAUAAUGAGAUUGCCUGCUGCAGUUGCUUCUAUGUACACCGAUAUUUUAUCAAAGGUAGAUGCUCUAGGCAUAACUGAAUUGCUCUAUGCCCUGAGGCUGGGUGAAUACAUCCGCGGAUACCACAAUCGCGUGUUAGAAUCACACUGUGAACGUAUACUUUCAGGUUGCCUUUGGCACUUGGAUCUAUUGGACCUUUGCAGGGCCGUUUGUGUAUUGUGCCAGAGCACCAACGUUGAAUUCGCCAAGCUGCUGUGUCACGUGUCGCUAACUCGGUUUGUUGAGUUUAGCCCAACUCAGCGUUUAUUUGUUUUCCGUGCGCUGGCUAAUGCCAAGCAUGCAUCUAGUUUGUUCCUUCGUGGGUGUAUACGUCAUGUACUUAAUGAGGAUUUGUUCUGUGACCAGGGUGUAUUAACUGUGCUAGCGCAAUAUGGGCAGCAUCCCUCGUCCUGCAGCGCCGCAGUAUUCCAGUCACUGCUUAAACGCGCCUUGUCACUGGAUUUUGGGACUAUAAGUCCACUGGAGCUAUGCGACUUACUGUGGGUCACGGUUAAAUUCUCCAAUGUCGCACCGGAAGCAUUCAGUCGUGCUGAACCGUGUCUAUUGCCAAUUUGCUCUGAGCUACCGCCCAAACAUGUGUCAAUGCUGCUAUGGUCACUUGCUCAAUCGAAGUAUGUAUCCCACGCCUUAAUAGAUGCCCUGGAAUCUGCAGCCAUGGCUACCUGCAGCAACAUGACACCAAGUCAACUGUCAAUAGCACUGCACAGCCUCUCUUCCCUGAAACCCCUGGAUACCAGAUUUGCUGAUCACAUAGAGCGCGAGGUUAUUGACGCAAUUCAGCAUUUCAACGGCCUGGACCUUGCGAUGCUGGCUGAGGGAUAUGCCAGGGUAAACACGGGCUCUCCCACAUUGCACCAAUGUAUCCAGGAGUCUGCCCUGCGAUACUCCGACGAACUGCCUGCAGAUUGCUUGGCCAAGUUACUCUGGUCGUACGGCCACCUUCUAGGGAAGGAGUCCCUUUAUCUGGGUUUGCAGAUACCUCUUCUUAGCCGUGUUAACCAAUUUCCAGCCCAUGAACUAAGUCGCGUCCUCUGGGCAUAUGCGGUACACCGCUUCUAUGAUGUGAGCUUCUGGGCCAAUUGCCUAUCCAUGAUAGACAUAGACCACGUGCGAGGUAACUCGCGAUGCGUCCAUCUCUACCCAGCUCUAUCCGAGGUGGUGCAAGUGCACAAGACGUUGGUUAACCCCGAUACCCUACGCAUACUGAACUUGACGAAGCCCAUGUUUACAGAGCAAGAGCUUGAGUCACACUGCGAUGCAACUGGGAAUGCACUUAUGCAGUCGUUAAGCUCCCUGGGAAUUGAAGCCACUGUUGCAUCGGAAUACAAGGGCUUCAUAAUAAACGCUUCAUUCGAGUUGCAAGGGGUGCAUUACGCCGUCCUGGUGUAUCGGCGGAGUGAUACCGUUGGACACUCCAUGCGCCCAUCAGGUGCAAUGGUACUGAAAGCACGCUUCCUACGCAGAAAUGGGUAUAAAAUAGUUCAUCUACUAAAGGAUAAGUUCAAUGCCAUGGACGCCGCCAAACGUGUUGACGUUAUAUCCAAGCAGCUUUAGGGGUACAGGCAAGGGUAUGACACCUUG